ACGUAACUUGAUAUCUACCGUAGCAAAAACCCAACACCAUAUUUUUCUUUACUCAAGAAAAAUCGUAGCUUUUUUUUUUGGUUCUUUUGGCGGUUGAAGUAAUCAGAGGCAUAGUUUCAGUUCUUGGUGCUGUGUUUGGCUGGCUAGGAAAUCAUCGGAAAACGUGGGAAAUUUUUGUGACUUGGAAAGGAACCACAGAACUGAAAUAUGGGUUUUUCGAAUUUUUUGAUGUUAUGAAAAUGUUUUCUUAUUCAUUUUAACCGUGCUUGUAGAUGGCUCAAUAACUCGUUAUCUUCUCUUUUACUCCGUUGUCUUGGGAACCAAACAGAAAGUUCACAUUUUUGUGUAGGUUUUAGAGUGUGUAUGGUGAUAGUAAAAGGAUAAAUUUGAUGCUAUGAGUUUUGAUGUGCCCUGUGGAAUAUUACAUAUUGGGCUUUUUGAUGUCGUGUGUGGAAAGUUGACAGAUUAGCUAAGUUACAUGAUUGUGGUUGGCAGCCGAGUUGAGAAGACCAUGGUGGGAGUGAAGGAGGAGAAAGAAAAGUAGUGUACUAUGAAGAUUUAGCAGAAGAGUUGGACCUGUUUCAGCUUCUUCAUCGUUAACCAAUUUGGAGAAACUUGUCAUUUUGAUGUGAGCUUUUAUUGAUGUAGCAGAAGGUAACUUGCCCAACUAGAUAUUCGUGUAAAAAGAGGGUGGACCGAGCAACAAUUUUUCUUUCUUCUACUGUAGCCACGCUGAACUGCUUCUACUUCUUUGGUCGGAUCUCACGGCUAACAAACUAGUCAACCAGCAGCUUAUCCACGUAACAUGCGUAACAAAGAUCUCGUUUCGAACAUAUCAUCUAAUCACAUGGAUUGCUCUACCAACAUCAGUUUAGAUUUGUUACCAGAAAAUCUGGAAGAUAUAGAUAAAGUUUAUUUGAUGAUGAAACAUAUCCUUUCAAUAAUCUUUAUCUUUAUUUAAGGGCUUUGAUCUCUUUGUACCAAACCAAAAAAAAUCAUGAUCACCUUUUUCAAUUUGACUCGUUUAUCUAACCCAAAACUCUACUGUAACCAUUCUUGUAUCGAAAUUAUCAAUUAUGAGUUAUGACCGACAGAAGAGAGAUCUUGUUAUAACGUAGGACAACAGGAGUAGCUGUUCUUCUCUCUCUAAAACACUUUCACAGUCAUUGCCUAUUUUUACGCAUUCUUAUCCAUUUCUUUAUCCUUUUUAUAAAGAUUGUUUCCUUGAUUUCCUCAAACACGUCUUCGUCCAAACGUAAGUAUUUCCAACACUGAUUGCUAUUUAUUUGUCUUGUCAUUAACAAGAAAAGGGUUUCUUUAAAAACCAAAUAUCCCUCUUACUUUCUUUCUCUGAAUUCUAAAGUCAUAAAACAAGAUUCUUUAUAAUCUUUUUUUGACUGCUUACAAAUGAGUUCUUCAGAAAAAACUAUUCUUGUUACCGGAGGAGCUGGGUUUAUUGGCACCCACACAGUGGUGCAGCUUCUCAAUGAAGGUUUUAGAGUGUCAAUUAUUGACAAUCUUGAUAAUUCUGUUAUUGAAGCUGUUCAUAGGGUUAAGGAAUUGGUGGGUCCUGAGCUUUCUCAGAAACUUGACUUCAAUUUGGGUGAUCUGAGGAAUAGGGAUGACUUGGAGAAGCUUUUCUCUAAGACAAAGUAUGUUAACUGGACGUUUGAAGCCGUCAUCCACUUCGCUGGCCUUAAGGCUGUUGGAGAGAGUGUUGGUAACCCACGUCGUUAUUUUGACAAUAAUUUGAUUGGCACUAUCAAUCUAUAUGAGGUCAUGGCCAAAUAUAAUUGUAAAAAGCUUGUAUUCUCAUCCUCUGCUACUGUCUAUGGCCAACCUGAGAAAAUACCAUGUGUUGAGGAUUUUGAAUUGAAGGCGAUGAAUCCUUACGGACGAACCAAGCUUUUCCUUGAAGAAAUUGCACGAGAUAUUCACAAGGCAGAACCAGAUUGGAGUAUUAUUUUGCUGCGGUACUUCAAUCCUGUUGGUGCUCAUGAGAGUGGUAAAAUUGGUGAAGAUCCAAAGGGCAUCCCAAACAAUCUCAUGCCUUACAUACAGCAAGUAGCUGUCGGCAGAUUGCCUGAACUUAAUGUAUAUGGUCACGAUUAUCCAACUAAAGAUGGCAGUGCGAUCCGAGACUACAUCCAUGUUAUGGACUUAGCUGAUGGUCAUAUUGCUGCACUUAGGAAACUUUUUACCACGGAGAACAUAGGUUGCAUUGCCUACAACCUUGGAACAGGCUGCGGUACAUCUGUGCUGGAAAUGGUUGCUGCUUUUGAGAAAGCUUCUGGAAAGAAAAUCCCCAUUAAACUAUGUCCAAGAAGGCCAGGAGAUGCUACAGCUGUUUAUGCUUCUACUGAGAAAGCUCAAAAAGAACUUGGUUGGAAGGCAAAAUAUGGUGUAGCUGAGAUGUGCAGGGAUCAAUGGAAGUGGGCGAGCAACAAUCCAUGGGGAUACCAGUCAAAGCCCUAAGCUUGUCUUAAACACUAAUUUUUUCCCUCCCCUUUCAAAAGUUUCUCCUGGGGAGAAUAGGUGUACAAAACUUGAUUAUUUGCUUAAUUUUCUCAUGUUAAAGUCGUCCCUAAUGAUCAAGUAAAGAUUUUUUUUCAAGUGUUGAAAUA